AUUACUCCCAGUUGUUCAACCCUGUUUAAGUUAGUUAGAAGCCAGUGGGAGGAAUUAAAAAAUUAAACGCGCGUCGCUCCUAUUGUUUGCCCUAUUUUCGCUGUUUUAAUCGAUUCGAAAGCCAUAAUGCUGGACAACCUCGUGGAAUUUGCCAGUUACUGGUGGUUCCGAUACCUCAUGGUCACCGAGCUGUACAUGGUGGAAAAGUGGGAGCGCGUAACGAUACACGUCAUUUUCAUGGUGCUCUUCUGCGUGUUCUGGUACUUCAACUACUCCAUACUGCUCUCACUGGCCGGAUUAAUUGGCCCAAGUGCCUCCAUGGCGGACAUUAUGCCCGGGGUUCAAGGACAGGGCCUCAAGGUCGCCUAAAAGACCGCCCACCUGUGCGUACUGCUCUCCUCUGUUCAAAUAUUAUCCAAAAUAUCCGCGAAUCUAUACCUCGCCGCGAAGCUUUAUCUAAUCCGCACGCGUUUAUACACCGCAAUCAAUCAAUGGAGUGAAAUUACGGUCCGGGAGGCACUUUCAUACUUAGGCAACACAUGUCCAAAGGGGCGAUCUAAUCGCCGGCUGAUCCGAAUCUGAAGUGGACAACACCCGGCGGCUGUCCAUCCAUAGCUGCCUCACCGUUUAAUGUAGUUAUCUAGCUGUAGUUACAAGUCAGUAAAUAAAUCUAACGCUUACACAAUCGCACUGUAAAGUAGUUCAAAAAUGAUAAA